AUGAAGUUCUUCAAUUGGAUGCAAAGUAAAUUUGGUGGUGGACAAGGGAAUAAAAACUCGAAUACAGCCGUCUCCACUACUCAUCACACGAACCAAGAACCUCGGAAAGAAGAAUUGAGCGAUUGGCCUCAUCGGUUGCUGGCAAUCGGAACUUUUGGAAACAACGAUCUACCAAGAGAAAACGAAGAGAUCCAAGAUGCCAACGGUACCGCGUCAUCUUCUCCGGAUCUAUCUGAAUUCACUCCUGAAGAGAUCGGAAAACUACAGAAAGAGUUAACAAAACUCUUGUCCAAGAAACCUGCUGCUAAUAAGCAAGGAGAAAUCACUGCUGAUCUCCCAUUGGAUAGAUUUCUUAAUUGCCCGUCGAGCUUAGAAGUUGAUCGGAGACUUUCGACCACCGUUUUCAACAAUCCAGACGAUAAAGAUGAAGAUAUUGAUCGAACAAUUCGAGUGAUUCUUGGAAGAUGCAAAGAUAUUUGCUUGGAUAAUAGUAAGAAAGCAAUCGGGAAAAAAUCGAUUUCCUUCCUCUUGAAGAAAAUGUUCGUAUGUAGUAGCGGUCUCCCGCCAAUUCCUAGCUUGCAAGAUCGACUUCCGGAAUCCCGCAUGGAGAGGCUAUUAAGGGCAAUGCUUAAGAAUAAGAUCAACCCUCAGAAUUCUUCUCGAGCAUCAUCUGCCAGGAAAUUAAUCGAACCGAAGAAAGGGAAAGGAAAAGCAACAGAAAGAAAGGAUGAGGAAGAUGCAAAUGGUGGGUGUAAAUGGGUGAAAACCGAUUCUGAAUAUAUUGUGUUAGAGAUAUGA